CAGCUGAGCAUCAUCAUCACUGAACAGCGGGACCUGGACUCUUCUCACCGGCCUGUAUCCUGAGCUGAGAGCCCGUUUCUCCGACCUGAAGUGCCUUAACAGCGGAGGGAGAGAUGGGACACGGAGACCUGAUGGGCCAGGCGGAGGACGUGGCGGACCAGUUCCUGCGGGUCACCAAGCACUACCUGCCCCACGUGGCCCGGCUCUGCCUGGUCAGCACCUUCCUGGAGGACGGCGUCAGGAUGUGGUUCCAGUGGGGGGAGCAGAGCGAGUACAUCGACUCCGCCUGGAGCUGCGGACGCUUCCUCGCCACCGUCUUCGUCCUGCUCAACCUGCUGGGGCAGCUGGGCGGCUGUGUGUUGAUCCUCAGUAGAAACUUCGUUCAGUACGCCUGCUUCGGCCUCUUUGGGAUCAUCGCCCUGCAGACGGUGGCCUACAGCAUCCUGUGGGACCUCAAGUUCCUCAUGAGGAACCUGGCUCUGAGCGGGGGUCUCCUGCUGCUCCUGGCGGAGGGUCGGGGGGAGGCGCGCACCGUGUUCGCAGGAGUUCCUUCUCUCGGCCAUCAGAGUUCCCCGAAGAACCUCCUGCAGCUCGGAGGCCGAGUCCUCCUGGUCCUCAUGUUCAUGACGCUGCUGCACUUCGACCUCAGCCUCUUCAGCGUCCUGCAGAACCUGGUGGGGACGGCCCUCAUCGUGCUGGUGGCGGUGGGCUUCAAGACGAAGCUGGCGGCUCUGACUCUGGUCGCCUGGCUGCUCUGCAUCAACUUCACCUUCAACGCCUUCUGGAGCAUCCCGUCGUACAAACCCAUGCACGACUUCCUCAAGUACGACUUCUUCCAGACCACGUCGGUGAUCGGAGGCCUGCUGCUGGUGGUGGCCCUGGGGCCCGGGGGGGUCUCCAUGGACGAGAAGAAGAAGGAGUGGUGAGGAAGAGCGGGGGCGAGGAAGCUGAGUCUCCGUGGACGAAGACGAACUGAUGACCGCCUGUUCGCAGGCUCGGUUUGUUUUCAGUAGCAGAUCAUGCUUCAGGCUUUUAUUUUGAAAAAUCUUCAUAAUUCUUUUCUGCAAGAAUUAUAGACGAACAGUCAACAAGAAAACAACACGCGUAUUAUCAGAUUUAAGCACAUUUAGAAAUAUAUAUAUAUUUACAUAUUAUUACUUUUUUAAAACCUCUGUGGCUGCAGGGUGGUGGACACUUCCUGGGCGGCUGCAGCUUCAUAAAGACGUCACAUUCUGCUGAUCCUCAUGUUCCUCACUUUAUUUAUUUAGCUCGUACCAGAACAGGUUUACAUGGUGUCGCUGUCAUCCUGCACGUGGCUGCAGCUCCUCUUUUCUGUGUUGAACGCGAAGCCUCUCACUUCUAGUAGAUCUUUGUUUGGAGCUGCACAUGUGCAGUACCUCCGGUGAGGACGACUAGCCAAUCAGAAGCAGAGUAGGGCGGGUCCUGACCAGCAGUAAGGUAGUCGUUAGGCGAGCGUCGUGCUGCGCAGGUUAGAGAAGGAAAGGCUGUGUUCAGUUCAGGAGCAGAGUUUUCUGUGGGAGAUGGGAACUUUUUCACUUUGCAAACCUGUUACAUGCAUAAAAGAAGAUCUAUAACCCAAUAAAGCAGAGAGCAGAAGCAGAGUGUGACCUCUUUAAAGCGACUGAUGCCAGCUGUGGGAGGAAAUUGAAUAUUUAAUCUGUCGUACUUCAUGAUAUAAAUGAGUUUGAACUGAUUUACAUUAGUUUGAGUUAGUUUCAGCUUGACUUUUUGAAGGAAGACUAACAGACCUGUUUCAGCUCGGGACGCACCGAAGUGAAAGCCGAAACCAAAUAUGAUGAAAAACUUUCCUGAACAUGUACUUUCACAUUUUUUCCAUUU